AUGAAUUCCAAAUUAGGUUUUCACAGCGUUCUGAGUGAUACUAGUUUGCGAGUUCAGCUGCUCAGAUAUGAACUGAGUGAGUUGGCAGGCGAAGAACUCUUUCUUCUUCGAACGUUUGGGCUUGUCGGCCUAGAUGGUGGCGUUCAAACCUUUUUUCUCCAUGGUGAAAACCAAACUCCCACAUAUUUCUUGAAAAAAUCUUCUAUUUGUGUCGAUGAAACACCACAUAGGAGGUCGACGGCACAUCAAAUAUGUGGCUCGUCCAACGGUGGCAAGUCCAAGACCUUCACCUACAACGUGAAGGGCGGUCAGAGAAUUCUGACAUUUGUUUUAGUAAAAGGCGUGACUGAUCGAGAACUCGAUCUCGAGGCAGAGGACCGGCGGCUUGACACGAGCAUCAUUGGUGAAGGUGAUGUUGGAAGGGCCGACUGUCCCGGCUCCAACGCCGCCAACGGCUGUAUCAUCGGUGAACUUGGUGCAAGCAUUAACUUUCAGUAUUUAAAGUAA